CGGAUCCUGCUGUGACCGGAGUAGACGCACAGAUGAAGAUGACAGAUGCUCCGGCGCAUCCGUUAUUAUGUUCGCUGCUUUUCUCUCUAGUUCUCCGUCCCGGGACAGCGGCAGAGGUCUCCGUAUGGAGCGUGGACAUCAACUCGACACAAGAUGCAGUGUUUCGAAAGACGCUGUACGCCAACACCACCAUCUACAUGAACUUCCAGGGUGACCCAACGUCAUGCGACAGAACCUUGGCCUUCAACAUCAGCUGGUACCUGCGAUCAUCCGUUUGCUAUAAUGAAGUCUUUAACACACCAGACAACAAGGCGAGGAACAUGUUUGGUAUGGACCACAUGUUGAAAGACGGCUGGAGCGGCUUCUACAGUCAAGGAUACAUGUUCUUUGAAAACUGCUCCUCCCUUUUUGCACCGAAGGCUUAUUAUACAGACUUCAACCCUUAUCAGCCGCUUUCCAGCCCAAAGAGUGACCCAUCGAAUCAGAGCCUCACGUGGCCCGACAAGCCAGAUCAGAGUGCAGUGGCCAAAGCCUGGGAGGACAGUCCAUAUCUGUUCAUCGUGAAGGUUCAGUGUUUGUUUCGUAGCCCUGAGGAUGAAGACAUCGGAGCAGAGCAGCUCAACUUUGCUUUUACAAUGAAAGUGGAGAUGAAAGGCCCACAUGACUACUCGUCUCCAGCAGACUGGCCCCAGAUGAUGUUCUUCAUGGUCAUGUGUAUCGUGUACGUUCUGUUCGGGGCUCUCUGGCUCUUCUGGUGCGCCUGUUACUGGAGGGACCUGCUUCGGAUCCAGUUCUGGAUCGGAGCCGUCAUCAUCCUCGGCAUGCUGGAGAAAGCGGUUUUCUACUCUGAAUACCAGAGCAUCCGCUACAAAGGAGACUACGUUCUGGGUGCUGUGAUUUUCGCUGAGCUGCUCUCUGCACUCAAAAGAUCUUUAGCUCGAAUCCUCGUCCUCAUCGUCAGCCUCGGCUACGGAAUAGUCAAGCCCAGGUUGGGUACCACAGUUCAUCGGCUGGUAGCUGUUGGGCUCCUUUACCUUCUUUUCUCCUCAGUGGAAGGAGUCCUGAGAGUCACAGGCGGUUUCUAUGGGACGGUUGCUCUGGUGGCGAAUCUCAGCCUCUCCCUCAUCGACUCCUGCGUCAUGUGGUGGAUUUUCAUCAGCUUGUCUCAAACCACUCGUCUCCUGAAGCUCCGCAGAAAUGUGGUGAAGCUCUCGUUAUAUCAGCACUUCACCAACACGCUCAUCUUCUCUGUUGUCGCUUCCAUCAUCUUCAUCAUCUGGACCACCAAAGUCUUCAAGCUGGUCGACUGCCAGAGGGGUUGGCGGGACUUGUGGGUAGACGAUGCCUUCUGGCGUCUCCUGUUUUCCACCAUUCUGCUGGUCAUCAUGGUGCUGCUGAGGCCUUCUGCCAACAGCCAGAGGUUCUCCCACUCGCCUCUGAUCGAUGAAGAUGAUGAAGAAGAUGAAGCCAAGGAGCCCAUGUUGAAUGAAGCUUUUGAAGGAAUGAAGAUGAGAGGCUCGAAACCUGACACGAACGGCUCCCAGAAAUUAUUGUCUAAAGAGGAUGAAGACCUUAAAUGGGUCGAGGAGAACAUUCCUACAACCGUUGCUGAUGUAGCUCUCCCUGUCAUGCUCGACGAGGAAGAGGAAAUCCUGAAAACCAAGAUGGAGCGAUCCAAAAUGGAGUGAAUGCGAGAAGGUGACGUGAGACCGAACAGAAAGUAAUUUCACUGAGGCAGCAACGAAUGCGUUCUGAGUGAUCUGAUUACCAAAAAAAUGUGGGAAAAGCCAACAGUUAUCUCCAGACACUUUAUGUUUUUUUCUUUUUUUUUAAUUAAUAUUUUUUAAAAUUUUAUUUCACACGUAUUGUGUAACACUAUAAUAAGCUGAAAGAAGCAAGACUAGUGUGUUCUAUUGGACGGGUUGACUGUUGAUGUCGAGGUCAGUGUUCUGGGACUGAGGUGAAACUGAAGCGAUUACACAGAAGAGCAUUUUUAUAAAUAUUUUAUUUGUUUAAAUGAACUUUAUCCACUCUCACCAAAAUCAAACGGAAGCAGGGCCUGUUACAUUCAUUUGCCCACGUGGAAAAUAGAUCGCUUAUCUAAUUCCUGUACUAAUACAAUAUUUAACGUGGUUUGUUGACCACUGGUUAGACUUUAAAAAAACAUUUGUGGUAGAUUCUACAGAAGUGACACCUGAUGGGUCGAAUUUGUAGGAAUGUAAGGUCAGAUUUAAACUUGAGUCAAGUACUAAAUGAUGCUUGGCAGCCCAGAUAUCCGCUGAUAGUACAAAUUAAGAAAGGAACACGUGCUGAAAACACCAAUAUAUUGUGCAUUAUUGGAUUUAUUUUUAAGCCAACACAGCAAAGCCCUCUCUGGUUGUUUAUUAAACCCCUAAAAACUGACCUCUGUGUAUUAAAGUUACAUAUUUAGAAGUUUUUCCAGUUGUUGCUGCUGCUCGAGCACACCAGCUCACCUUUGAUUCUGCUCAAACACUGUAAAACUACUCUACACUACAAAAUGGCAAGUUGUAAAACUGGAGCAAUUUAGCCACAUAUGUUCGAACCUGCAACCAAUUCUGAAGAUAAUGAUAGUCCCACCCUAGAAGCUGACAGAAUUGGUUCUUUAGAUCUUUAGGUUUGUUAAGUAUGAAACUCUAAAAGUCUGAAUCUGUGUUUAUGCUGCAGUUGGAAGGAAGAAAAGCUCAGCCUUGAUGUUGACUGCUGAUUUUCGCUCAUCAUGUGUCUUCUAACAUAUAAAAAACCUCAUGUGGACAUGUUACCUAGGUUGAAAACUUGAUUUUCAGUAGUGUGGGACACUGGAUUAUCUCCUGAAAUGUGCUGUUCCAUGUACAGUAUACAGCAGAAGUGAGUACACGCUUGUGCAAUAUCGCUUAAAUGUCAAAUGACUGAAAAUUGUGUCACUCUACAGUAAUUGCAUUCUUUCUAAGUUGGGUUUCUGUAGCCCUUUCUAUCUUUAAGAAAUCUAGCAUUCAGGUUCUUCAGUUCAUCUAGAAUUUUUUUUUUUCCCAUGUGGAGCCAUGAUGUCCUCAUGCAGAUAGACACAGCAUGAAGGAACAAAGCUGAGAAAGUUCUGGUGACAGGUCGUUUAACAACCAAGUUACACUAACUGGAAAUCACACAUGAAGUUUUCUAACUCGUGUGUCCUACUUUGGAUCCAGUAUUUUCAGUAUAGUUUUUUUUUAUUUUCGAUCGUCCAUAAGAGAAAAAUACUUGUCAGCUUAAAAAUAGUGCAAUUACUAAGAGACGAUACAACUCUGGAAUCAUUUCACUACUAAGUGACUCACUUCCUGUCACAUACUGUGUGUGAAAAGUGUUGUUUUCAACAUGUGUUUUAUUGUGUUGCAUAAAUUGGUCAUCUAAUGAUUUCAUAUUUAAAUGAGCAGCUGUGUCAUAUGAUUAACCAUUUAGCCAGAUAGACGAAGGAAAAUGUUGUAAUGCUUAUGCGUAGCCAUUUUCGGCGUUUGUUUCUUGUAGCUAAACCAACAAAUAGUGUUCGUGUGUUUUAUUUUUAACACAUAAUUACCACUUUGUUGUCUGGCUAACUGAGUAAUCCUGAGUAUAGAAAUAAAUAAGCUGCUGUUACUAUACAGCACGUCUUCAGUGAAUAUCGAUACUUGAAGCAUUUGUUGGGAAAUCGUGCUACAUCUCUGUAUUUUGGGGGGAAACUGUAAUUUUUUUGGGAGAAUGUAAUGAUGCUCUUGGUUAUGGAGCUCUUAAAGCCAAGUAUAUAUAUACAGUCAUAACAGUGGAUCAGUAGUGUCCGUUUUGUCGACACGAGCCAGAUCACUCCUCUGGGAUACCAUCUUUUCACAGAAGCUAAAAAUGUGACUCCAGAAUUGGUGAUUUACUGGAAAAAUAAGACUUUAUGGUCCUCAGUUAAAGGGGGAAAUGUGUGAUCUUUGUUAAAGCUAAUUCUAGACCCAUUUCCAAGCAUAAUUGUCUAAAGUUUAGGCUGUUUAUUUUCACAUUUAGAAGCCGUGACACUUGGUAGCUAUUCACAAAAAGGUCCACUUCACCAAAAUAUAAGCUUUUUUAGCCACUGGAUAACAGAAUCUAUCGAUAAGCUGCAGUAAUUUAGAUUUAAUUAUACAUGUGAUUUACUGCAUGUAUGUAAUCCCUCUUCACUCCCCCUCCACUAACUGGAUCAGAGCUCUAUUGAGAAGCACAGGGUAGUUUUCAAAAAGUACUGUAAAUGAUAAAUCACUGCACCAUAAUUACAGAUUCCUUUGAACCUUUCCCGAUCACACUGCAAAGUUGUCUUGCCUUACGUGGCAGAAUUGUAUCCUCAUCCUUGUGCAAUCUACUGCAGUAUGUGUGGAUAUUCUAAAAUCCUUAAUUUAUGUUUUUUUGUUCAUUUGUUUUGGUUUGUUUUUUUGCAUUCGUCCAGGUCUUGACAAUAUUUUAUUUCAGAGAGACACUGAAGCCCUAUUUCUGGAUUUGAAUCUGCAUUGUAUUGUGAAGCUGAUGAUAUUGUAUGGCUUUUUGCGUAUGUCCGGCAAAUAAAAAUUUAUAUUGAACUACG